GUUGAAUUCAGAACCCGGAAAUCCUCCGCUGUGCCCGGGUUCACGUGCGUGUGUGCUGCGGUGAAGCAGUCGGCGAGGUUUGAUUGAGAAACACCGCGAGAAGGAGAGAAAACUUCCAUCCACUCUUCUCCUCCUUGGACAGAUGAGCGGGCCGGCCGAGCGCUGGACCAUGUGAGUGAGGAGAGCGGAGCGAGCGACUUCCUGUCAGCGUGAGAGAAGGAGGAGGAGGAGGAGGUGAGAGAAGGAGGAGGUGAGAGGGAGGAAUGGGCGUGGGGAAGAACUCCAUCUGCAAAUCCAUGGACUCCAACACAGAGCCGGGCAAAUAUGAGGAGGAGAGCAAACACAGCGCCAACUUCUACCCCAUCCCAGUGGUGGUUAAUGGAGUGUCCCCAACUCCUGGAGACCAGGACAGGGAGGACACUGAGCUCAUGGCCAUCUACACUAAAGAGAGACAAGCGACUGAUAAAAGUUCCUUAUCGGAGACAGUGGACAGCACAGACAGUACGGACGCCAGGAGAAUGGACAUGAUCUACACCAUAGAAGACACCCCGCCCUGGUAUCUGUGCAUCUUCCUAGGUUUACAGCACUACCUAACGUGCUUCAGUGGGACGAUCGCUGUGCCGUUCCUGCUGGCCGAAGCCAUGUGUGUGGGAUUCGACCAGUGGGCUACAAGUCAGCUCAUCGGCACCAUUUUCUUCUGCGUGGGCAUCACCACACUGCUGCAGACCACCAUCGGCUGCCGACUUCCGUUAUUCCAAGCCAGUGCUUUUGCAUUCCUCGCCCCAGCCAGAGCCAUACUUUCUUUAGACAAAUGGAAGUGUAAUGCAACAGAUAUUCCUCUGGUGAACGGCACUGAGCUCAUGCACACGGAGCACAUCUGGUACCCCAGGAUAAGAGAGAUUCAAGGGGCCAUAAUCGUGUCCUCUCUGGUCGAGGUGUGUGUGGGAGCGCUGGGUCUCCCGGGUCUGUUGUUGAAGUACAUCGGGCCCCUCACCAUCACACCCACCGUGGCCCUGAUCGGCCUCUCCGGCUUCCAGGCAGCAGGGGAGCGGGCGGGCAAACACUGGGGCAUCGCUAUGCUGACGAUUUUUCUGGUGCUGCUGUUUUCUCAGUACGCUCGCAACGUGCAGCUGCCACUUCCCAUCUACAAAGCCAAGAAAGGCUGGACCUCCUACCGCCUCCAGCUCUUCAAGAUGUUCCCCAUCAUCAUGGCGAUCCUUGUCUCCUGGUUUCUGUGUUUCAUCUUCACUGUGACGGACGUGUUUCCUCCAGAGAAGGAUCAGUACGGCUACUACGCCCGCACAGACGCCAGGCAGGGCAUCCUGGCAGCCGCGCCCUGGUUUAAAGUUCCCUACCCCUUUCAGUGGGGGUUGCCGACGGUAACCGCAGCCGGGGUGAUCGGAAUGAUGAGUGCCGUGGUGGCCAGCAUCAUCGAGUCUAUCGGAGAUUAUUACGCCUGUGCACGGCUGUCCUGUGCCCCGCCUCCUCCUGUACACGCUAUAAACAGGGGGAUUUUUGUCGAAGGCCUGUCCUGUGUGCUGGACGGUUUGUUCGGGACAGGAAACGGUUCCACGUCUUCCAGUCCAAACAUCGGUGUUCUGGGGAUCACGAAGGUGGGCAGUAGGCGGGUGAUACAGUACGGAGCGUUGCUGAUGCUGAUGCUCGGCACUGUCGGGAAGUUCAGCGCUCUCUUCGCGUCUCUCCCGGACCCCGUGCUCGGCGCGCUGUUCUGCACGCUCUUCGGGAUGAUCACGGCCGUGGGUUUGUCCAACCUGCAGUUCGUCGACCUCAACUCCUCACGCAACCUCUUCGUCCUCGGCUUCUCCAUCUUCUUCGGGCUGGUCCUCCCCAACUACCUCAGGGGAAACCCUCUCGUCACUGGAAUCGUGGAGAUCGAUCAGGUGCUGAACGUUCUGCUGACCACGGCCAUGUUCGUCGGCGGUUCCGUAGCCUUCGUUCUGGACAACACUAUUCCCGGCACCCCGGAGGAGCGAGGGAUCCGUAAGCUGAAGCGCGGCUCCGGUUCCGGCACGUCCGAGCUGAAAGGGAUGCGAUCCUACGAUCUGCCGUUUGGCAUGGACUUCCUGAGGCGCCACCGCAUCUUCCAGUACCUGCCCAUCAGCCCUACGUUCAGCGGUUACCAGUGUAACAGACUGGGCGGAGCCUGUCGGGGGCGGGGCAGCAUACGAGGAGACGAGGGCGUGGCUGUGAGGACGGAGGCGGGUGAAAGCAGAGUGUAGUGUGGAGAGCGUGUUUUCCCUGCACUUACCAUCGCGCUGUUAUUAAAGCUCUCGACGAGCUCGUGUGUGUGUGUGUGUGUGUGUAGGUUAGAGCUCGUGCUAGUCUAUUUUUCUCACCUGUGAACUCUCUCUCUCACACACACACACACACACACACACACACUUUUAAUCUGCAGUAUAAAAACCUUUUCAUAUUAUGUGAUGGGACACUGUUGUUUCAAGAUGUGGAAGUCAUGGAAACCUUCCACCAGGGGGCGACCAUCUUAGGACGUCUCCCAGACUGAGAGAUGGAAAUUGACUCGUCAGGAAACAAAAAAAAAAAUACCCACACAGCAUGAUUUUCUUUUUCCUUAGCAAACCUGCUGAGAAAUGUCGUUUUGCGCGUUUUAGAUUUAGACUUGACGCAAUACACGUUACAUUUCUACGAAUACACGACGUGUCCUCAAAACGUUGCCGUUCGUCCAGGGUGUUUUUCUUUUUUUAUUUUAAGCGUAACACGGAAGCUACAAGACUAAAAAAAAAAAAUUCGUUUUCUGUUCGGCUAGGUUUGAGCUACGUGAGCUGUCGCUUGCUAAACGCAAAACAGUUGUGAUCUAUGCGAGAGUUUGCAAGAAACGCGCACACGCACACUUUUUAAACCAGUUCCUCAGUCUUGUAACCUGAUAUUAACCUGGGCUGAGCCUUUAGCAUUUCCACUGACCUAAAACCCUCUCUGCUGUCUGUGUGUCUGGUUUCGCUGAGGUUCCAUUUCCGGCGCGAAGUCUUGCCAACUUUGAAUUGUUCUACAAAAUAUUAGCGCAGGUUUAAGUUUACUCAGUUAUUUUUCUGUGCUUGUUAGACAGGACAUGUGCAGUGCCAGUAAUGUUUUGGAGCAUGUUGAUAAUGCAUGGGUGGGGGAGAGGGGGCAGUGAUUCACUUACCCCAAAUGUAGUCGAGUAGCUAAGGCAUGUUUUAGUAUCUGAUGUUUAUUUCUUUACUAUUGCAUGGGAGCAAUGAGAAGUUAAUAGGUUUAUUUUUUAUUCUUUUCUUUUUCUUUUUUUUUUUUUUUUUUUAAAUUGGCUUGUUGAUUGUUCAUUCCUGCUGAACGUGCUGUCUAACCUCGUUAAUCUUCAAGCUUUUCAGAAUCGCUGCUAAAUCACGGGAGAAUAUUUCGAAUUAAAAAUACAGUAUUCUCACCCCACCGCAAGCCCUAUAUUCCAUUCUAUUCCAUUCUAUUCCAUUCUAUUCUAUUCUGUUAUAGACGGACUGAAAUCUUCUCCGUAGGCAGCGCGAAGUUCUUCAUGGCCAUCCAGUGAAGCUUUGUUCAUGUUUCUAGAUAACAGGAAGUCCCGCUGUGUCCUGAACCGUGUCUGUAAAGAACUGGACGUGAUUUGAGAACAGAUUUUUCUGUGAGAUAGACGUCCGUCAGCAUUAGUAGCUCUAGUUUCGAGGGGCGGGGAGAACUAAAAAAAAAAGCAAACAUCAGACACCAAACAUGUCUUGGUUGAUUGACUGCAUUGGGGUGAUUUUUUUGAUUAUUAUUAUUAUUAUUAUUAUUAUUAUUAUUAUUAUUAUAUAUUUUUCCUGAAUUGUUCCUUUAAAACAAAGCAAAAGCACUUAAGUCCUGAUCUGUCUGAUGUUGUUCUGUUGAAAGGUGCCAGUUUUAUCUACACUAUUAGGAGCUUUGACACUCGCAGUACAAUGUGUUUUUUUUUCUUGCCUGGUUGGUUUUCACACUAUAGACGUUGUUCAUAUUAUUAUUAUUAUUAUUAUUAUUAUUAUUAUUUUCCUCGUUGUGUUUCUUUACACAAAGGUCGUCACGUUCAAACAAGCGGUGUUUUUAAAAUCUGAACGGUCGGCUCGGCCGCUGCGACGCGGUAUCGGACUAACGGCGUCGUGAAAGCAGCUUAACGAGUACGUGGGUCCGUGUCAUCGAAGCACGAAGAACCGAACCGCUUGAACGUUUCCUCGUUAAUCACACCAAAAGAUCCAAAUCCAAAAAAAACACGACUAGAGACAGCCACGUAGACCGGAGCGUACAUGUUUGCGUAUUUAUUUAUUUAUUUAUGGUAGUCAGGGCUUUGGCUGAAAACGUCCACGCAAACAGAAGAGACAUCUCUGAAAUCUAGCGAGUUGGGGGGGGGGGGAGACCAAGAAAACGCUCUGGGUGGAAAUUUACGCGCGAGAGAUGAGGUACUGGAACGUUUGCGACUUUACACUUUUACAGCUGAACUGGUGCUUGAUGUAAAAGGUCAUUCCACGUGUCGUGAUGAUUCAGCUGUUACUCUCUCUGUUUAUUUACCUUUUAUUUUACUAGGCUCUCUCGCUACUGGAUAAACUUGUCAUUCGAUUCGUAUCGUUUGUUCUUGUUUGUGUUUUGUUUUAAAUCUCGUGUUUUCAUUGGAUGCACUCGUCUUACUUUUGAACCGACGUCAUUUUUUUUUUUUUUUUUUUUUUUUUUUUUUUUGGUUCACCGAGCAAUUUUUAUCCCAAAUAUCUGGAGCUGCACCAACGAGGAUUAAAUGAACCAGAGUUUGAAGCUAAUCACGGAUUUGUUAAUCCGAGCUUGGCUUUAACUCAGGUUGCGAACUCGAUUUCAUAAACAGGAAGUAAACUCUUUCGCCUUAACUUUGUGAAGAAAUCCUCAAACCGGCCGAUCAGAAUCCGUUCUUUGAGGAACGUGCGCGUUUUAUGCAGUCGGUCUGAUAAAUACGGAGAAUUUAAACCUCAUCAGCUGCUAAAACGAAUCCUUAACCGAACCCAUACGUUUUAUCCUUGAAGCAAUAGAAGAACAGGAUUAAACACGGUUGAAAGUUCGAUGCGACUUGAUUAUUCGAUCUCGCUCUUGCGUCGGUGCAGCCCAGAGACUGUUUGUUUUUACAUUUCCUCAGCCGGUCUUUGUGCCAGUAUUAGGGACGUUAACGGAUUCUGUGCGGGAGACGGAGCGAAGUUCGAACCUAAUGUUUACUACAAGUAUGGCAAAGUGAACUACAGCACUAUAAAUAUCACUGCAAUAAUAAAAAAAGAAAGAAAGAAAAGGCCUGAGAAAGAGGCAAUGUCUUGAAACUUGUGUAGAGGUAUUUGGAUGUUUUUCGUUCUAUAGUGAACUCGUUAUAAAACUAGAGUCGGGGCGACUCUAUGGAUGGAAUGUCUGACAGGACAAAAACAGCAGUGUUGCAUUUUUACUCGUGAGUAAAUUAUCACACGCAGGUGGAAGGUACUUAAGAAGCUGUCAUUUUUUUCCCCCUCCUUUUUUUUGGGGGGGGGGGGGGGGGGGGCGGUGUUGGCGGGCUACAGUUGAGUUAUAAGAUUUAUACUUGACCCGAGUAUAAUUAACAAUUAAUGACAUUUCUGUGAGAAAUCCCAAACUGUUUUACUCCUCCUACGUUAUAAAUCUCAAAAGAUUAUGAUUCCCCCCCCCCCUCUUUUGCUCGAAUGUUUGUCCAAUCACGCUUCAGUCAUAUUUUAACUUUAAAUUUUGUUCAUCAAAUCCCAAAUCCACACCAGUUUAUAAAUACAGAAGUUAGUUUUCAUAAGAAAUGAAGACGUUAAACGAAAUUUCGUAACUAUAUAACAUUUGUAGCUUUUUAAUACAGAUCACAUUGUUUAAAUUUUAUUUAAAAAAUAUCGUAAAUGUGACGCCAAAAACAGGAAGUAUCAUUUUGUCUUGGUAAGAUUUCCACCGUGAGAUUUUGAUCCAAGUUUUAUUUAUCACUCCAGUCGUUGUAAUCCGAUCGUCUCGGUGUAUUUCCACAUCGUUUCUGAUUUCUUAAAGCGUUUAUUUCUUCAAAAUUGUUCUGCGUGCUGUAAUUUCAGUUGGAUAAUUACUUAAAGUUAGUAACUGUCUGUGGGGGGGUUAAAUGUUAAAACAUCUUAAAUGUUCUGUACAGAAAUAUUAGAUGUCUUGCUACAUAUUUUUCAAGAUGUUUCCACUUUGCGAAGGAAAUUUUGGUCGCUUUCUUCUUCUUCUUUUUUUUUUGCGCACAGUGAACACGUGAUUUUUGUGGGCGGAGUUAAACAUAACACUAUAACGCUUCUGGCCCUGUUUAUAACGUGAAACCGUUUCUCGUGUGAAGUAUAGCUGUAAAACACCAACGUUUUGUGUCAGCCUGAGCACCACAUGUUCACCGUGUCCUCUCUUUCAUUCUUCAAACUUUAACUUCUUGAGUUUUUAAAAAAAAAAAACGUUUGUAAACCGCUCUCGGAUGCCGAAUACGACUCGGACGGGCCUUCUUGCUAAGACCUCUCGCUUCCUCCCGAUCCAGAUCCCGAUGUUCGCUGUGGUACGGUAACUCUGGCUCUGAUUGACGCCCGUGCGGAUUUUUAAAUCGGCAGAUCGCGAAAAUAAAUUUUUAGCGUUAAUAUAACGCGUAAAACGGAAGCCUCAGAUUUGACCUCGAUGUCAAAGGUGAAAGGUCGUGAGGGGUCUCCGUAAGACGGUCACUAAGAGUAUGAUUUCAAAGAUAAAAUCCCUUCAGUUAUUUUGAAGGAGAAUCUAUCUGAAGAAUAUACUAUUGUCUAUCUGAAGUGUUUGAUAUCUUUUUCUUUCUUUCAGGUUUUUUUUGUUUGUUUUUUUUACACAUGAUUUUUUUUUUUUUUUUUAAAUGUUUUUACAGAUAAAGACGUGUUUGUAGAGAUCACGUGUAUAAACGUAAAUAUUAUAAUACCAUGCUGCGAAGCGCACCAUUUUUGUUACACUUUUAUUUAAGUGGAAUGAAAAAAAAAAAGUUUUGUUUUCUUUUUUAAUUUUAUUCUUUGUCUCUUUUUGAAAGUUUUUAGAAUAGCUACUUUUGUUAGCUAGAACAUUUCUUCAUAAUGUAUUUUUCUAACAUUGCUUCCAGUUUGAUGUCGAGUCAAUAGCAGAAUAAAACUAAGAGCGUUUUAGUGAGAUACUUUAUGGUAAAUAUAUGGAUAUACUGAUUAUAUUGAGUAGAGUACGGCGUGUGCUUUACUCCUGGACCAGGCUUUGUGAAUACUAAUUGUAGCGACUGAUUUAUUCCUUGCUCCUAAAAUGAUUUAAAAAGAUGUUACACAAUGAA